AUGUGGAGCUACAAGGAGAAAGAAGAAUACCUGAAAUCACAGAAUUUGAGGAGAGGGUUCCAUGAGAUGGACCUAGGCCAGGAUGGCACAGUAGAAGCAGGACACCUGUUUCUUGUCGUGGUAAUACAGCAAACACCUGAAGCUCUCAGGGCAAGACCAGUUCAUUGCAACUCAUCUGCAAGUCAGAACCGAAUACAGACCAGCUCGGUGAUGACACUGGAGAAGAGCAUCAGUCUCCAGGUGGCAUUACAUGAUGUAGAAUCUUCCUACCAGUUUUCCUGCAACAUCUGUGGCAAAAGAUUUGAGAAGGACAUCGUAGUGGCACACAAAGCAAAAAGCCACCCUGAGGUGCUGAUUGAAGAAGCUCUGGCUGCCAACACAAGUACCCUCAUCAUCAGCACAGAUAUUUUGGGCACUAACCCAGAGUCCUUGACACAGCCUUCAGAUGGUCAGGGUUUUCCUUUUCUUCCUGAGCCCUUGGGAAACUCAACCUCUGAAGGAUGCCUACCACUAGAAGCUGAAAGGAUGUCAGGGUCAUACUGCAGUGGGAUGGGACAGGUGAGCCUGAUGGCUGAUGGGAAAAGCUUUGUGGGAAGCAGUCCCAGUGAGGGCACCGAAGGGCUGCUCAUGAACUCGGAUGCUAUCACAGAGGCUCUGAUUGAAGAUUCAGACUACCGGAACUUAGUGAAAGAUAAGGUCUACCGGACCUUAGUGGAAGGGAAGACUUGGAGCACUGGGACAGUUCAGACUUUGUAUUUAAAAGUAAAAAGAACCAAAAAACAAUUUUUUUUUUUCUGAGACGGAGUUUCGCUCUUGUUACCCAGACUGGAGUGCAAUGGCGUGAUCUCGGCUCACUGCAACCUUCGCCUCCUGGGUUCAGGCAAUUCUCCUGCCUCAGCCUCCUGAGUAGCUGGGAUUACAGGCACGCACCACCAUGCCCAGCUAAUUUUUUAUAUUUUUAGUAGAGACGGGGUUUCACCAUGUUGACCAGGAUGGUCUCGAUCUCUUGACCUCAUGAUCCACCUGCCUUGGCCUCCCAAAGUGCUGGGAUUACAGGCUUGAGCCACCGCGCCCAGCCCCCAAAAAUUUUUUUAAGCAUUUAAAAUCUAGUAGCCAGAUGCAGUGGCUCACGCCUGUAAUCCCAGCACUUUAGGAGGCCAAGGUGGGCAGAUCACCUGAGGUCUGGAGUUCAAGACCAGCUUGACCAAAGUGAAGAAACCCCAUCUCUACUAAAAAUACAAAAUUAGCUGGAUGUGAUGGCACAUGCCUGUAAUCCCAACUACUCGGGAGGCUGAGGCAGAAUUGCUUGAAUCAGGGAGAUGGAGGUUGUGGUGAGUCAAGAUCGCACCAUUGCACUCCAGCCUGGGCAACAAAAGCGAAACUGCAUCUCAAAAAUAAAAUAAAAUCUAGUAAAAAUAAAAAUAAACCAAAAAAGUUUGCCUCUUGUAUCACUUGAGCUCAGGAGUUUGAGACCAGCCUGGCCAACAUGGUGAAACCUGGUCUCUACUAAAAAUACAAAAAUUAGUCAGAUGUGGUGAACCAUGCCUAUGGUACCCAGCUGCUCGGGAGGCAGAGGUGGGAGAAUCGCUUGAACCCAGGAAAAAGAGGUUGUAGUGCGCUGAGAUUGUGCCACUGCCCUCCAGACUGGGGGACAGAGUGAGACUGUCUCAAAAAAAAAUUAAUAAAUAGGCCGGGAGUGGUGGCUCAUGCCUGUAAUCCCAGCACUUUGGGAGGCCAAGGCGGGUGGAUCACAAGGUCAGAAGUUUGAAACCAGCCUUGCCAACAUAGUGAAACCUCAUCUCUACUAAAAAUACAAAAAAGUUUAAAAAUAUGUAAAAAAUAAAAUAAAAUAAAUUAGCCAGGGGUGGUGGCAGGCGCUUGUAAUCUCAGGUACUUGGGAGGCUGAGGCAGGAGAAUUGCUUGAACCCAGUCGGUGAAGGUUGCAGUAGCCAAGAUCGGACCAUUGCACUCCAGCCCCAGUGACAGUGCGAGACUCUCUCAAUAAAUAAAUAAAUAAAAAUUAAAGUCUGCCUCUGUAUCACUAAUGCUCUUAAACAAAAUUACGAAAACUGUUUUAAGGAAACAUUGGGGAAUAGUGAAAAUAUUAAUCUAUUGAUGAGAACCUCUUUCUUUCUUUUCUUUCUUUCUCUUUCUUUUUUCUUUUCUUUUCUUUUUUCUUUCUUUGAUGGAGUUUCUCUCUGUUGCCAGGCUGGAGUGCAGUGGUGCAAUCUUGGCUCACUGCAACCUCUGCCUGGCUAAUUUUUUAAUUUUAGUAGAGAUGGGGUUUCACCAUAUUGGCCAUGCUGAUCUCAAACUCCUGACUUUGUGAUCUGCCCACCUCAGCCUCCCAAAGUGCUGGGAUUACAGGAGCGAGCCACCAUGCCUGGCCUAUUUUUAUUCUUUUUUUUGAGACAGAGUCUUGCCUCCUGGGUUCAAGCUUCUGGAGUAACUAGGAUUACAGGCACACACCAUCACACCCAGCCAAUUUUUAUAUUUUUGGUUGAGACAGGGUUUUCCCAUGUUGGCGAGGCUAGUCUUGAACUCCUGGCCUCAAGUGAUCCGUGUACCUUGGCCUCCCAAAGUGCUGGUGUGAGCCACCACACUCGGCUGAAAACCUAAUUCCUAAUUAAGUUUGCCUUUUCAGUGGACAUAUAACCUAUAUGUUGAAUUUAGAAAACAGUCUGGGCGCCAUGGCUCAUGCCUGUAAUUCCAGCACUUUUAGAGGUGAAGGCAAGAGUAUUGUUGAGCCCAGAAGUUGGAGACCAGCUUGGGAAGCAUAGCAAGACCCUGUCUGAUUAAAAAGCAAAAAGAGGUUGGGCGCGGUGGCUCACGCCUGUAAUCCCAGCACUUUGGGAGGCCGAGGCGGGCGGAUCAUGAAAUCAAGAGAUCGAGACCAUCCUGGCCAACACGGUGAAACCCUGUCUCUACUAAAUAUACGAAAAUUAGCUGGGUGUGGUGGCACGUGCCUGUAGUCCCAGUUACUUGGGAAGCUGAGGCAGGAGAAUUGCUUGAACCCAGGAGGCGGAGGCUGCAGUGAGCUGACAUUGCACCACUGCACUCCAGCCUGGCACCUGGCAAUGGAGAAAUACUGUCUCAAAAAAAAAAAAAAAAAAAAAGCAGAAAGAAAGUAAGAUAGAAGAUGAAGAAAAAAAACUCAACAUGUUCACCUUUUAGGUUUGCAAUAUUUAUAUUUUGUAAUGCUACUAAUGUGGGCCCUGCACAGGAAUACUUCCGGUCUGUUUGUAAAUUCAGACCAACUUCUGUUUCCCAAGUCAUAUAAACAUGCUGACACCAUGCAUGUCCCAAAUGCAUUCUCCUUAUGAAUACAGAGUUUAACACAUCUUCAUAUUCAAA